ACCCAGCCGUGUGUCCAUCACACGGUUGUCGUAGUACGCGCGCUGCAGCGGCAGCACUGCAAUAAGCCAAAUUCCGAAGCAACUCCAAGGGUCUCGAAAAUUCGUCUGUUCGUCGACUUGAAAAGGGGGAUGCACUAUCCUUCUUCAAUAUGGGAGACCGCUGUCAGGAAAUAAUACGACAAUUUGACCAGAAAUGCGACCAAGUCACCGAAUGAGCUUCAAUGAUCCCAUUUUUCAGGUAACGGAUGGCGUCCAAAAGUUUGCGUUGUUCACGGCGACGCGGAUGACGGUACUCAGCGGAUCAAUCGAUCACCGGGAAUCAGAACGGAUACUACACGUGGGUGGAGGCUGUUCGGCUCUUCAAGCUUCGGCGCUUGGUGCUCAGCUUCAGGCUGGGAAAACUUUCUAUCCCCUUGAAUACUGAUCCAGGUUGAUUUCAAUGUCUUCUCGAUCCAAUUUACGAAGCCGUGCUAGAGGGGGGCUAAGCACCAUCUUUGACUACUUUAGGACACGCCGGCCCCAGGGGUCUUCUGCGACUUUGCCAACAAGCUAUCCUCUGUCUGCGCUGCCACAAACAGUACCUCAUAUCACAGUCAGUAGUCCUGCCAGUGGAGGCUCGCUAACCCCACCGGCCACACCUUUACCUCCGGUACCUUCUGCUAGUGCAACUUCGGUCGCUACAGCAAGCGGUGUAUGCCCCGCACCGAGUAACACUAAUCCCUCCAGUUCUGGCAUAUCUGCAUUGUCAUUCACAACAUCACCAUCUACUGCAUCGACACGCAAGGCGAGGCCUAUUCCAGCAUCUGAUGUGAAUCGAUACGAGAGGAAACGAACGAUACCCCAGACCAAGGACCGCGUUCUUAUCGAGCCAGGGAACAAGGUGUUCGAGGAGUAUGUACUUUUUCCGCAGUUGGAGUAUCGUGAGCUGACGACGCCAAGCACACCACCCUCUAGUCGAUGGGCACCACUUGUACACCCUGAAGGUGCUUUGUAUUACUAUGACAGCGCUCGGCGCAUAUAUACUGAUGCCGACUUGUCAAAGCCCUCAACCCUCCAUGCAAUCGAGGCAUUCGCAGAUCAGCUAUAUAACGAUGCACAGACCAACUCGAAUAUAGAUAUCACCAGCAAGACCGAAUUAGUCAUAGAGGAUAUAGAUGAGAACACCUGUGGUUACUAUUUCGUUGAACAAGACACGCGGUGCAUCUUCUGGCUAGAACGUUUUGACGCAGAAACCUUGUUCGAGAACAUCAGGCGAGUGAGGAACAUGGGUCAUAUCAAAUACGCCAUUGAAGCUCAGUACUGCUAUUCGUGUGGAUUUGAUACAACUCAAACAACUUCAAGGACUCAUUGCGAAUUGUUUCCACAUGAAAAUCGUGUGACGCCGGUUGCUCUUGAGGAACUAAAACAAAUGAUUAUGCAUGCUGCAGCUGUGACCAUUACUUCUGUGACGUGUGUUGCUCCAUUCGAGAAAGACGAGUUGGAGAAGAUGCUGGACCUCGUUAUGAACAUCGAAGGAACCCUCGAUGGUCAAUUUGCGCACACGAGAUGUGUUGUGGCUCGAUUUAUGUCUGAAUUCAGUGCGCAAUCAAAGACUCUACUGGCAUUCGCUAAUAUUACAGUAGUCAAAGCAAAGUUCUUCAAUUUCUGUGGACAGCCCGGUGCAAGGCUGGAUUCAGACCAGACAAUCUACUUCAAGGACCAUGAUCAUCGGUCGCUCUUGUUCAUCGUUGCCUCCUUCCUGCUCUUUGGCGUCCCUCGUACCCACCAAGCCGAUCUGAAGAUGAUAUGGGUUGAUAGGAUCAUUAAUCGCGUCCUCUGGGAUCAAUUCAUCGACAAACUUAAUGACGAAUGGACUGGAUUGGCGCUUUCGGCAACUGUCAUCCUCAAUGCCAACAUAGCCUUUCUUGCAAUUCCAUCUGUGCAAGACACCGCCGGAUUACUGAGCUAUAUGUCAGUGGUUUGCAGCAUUGCAGUUGUCCUCCUCGUACUUCUCCUGGUUCGUCAAAACCAGAAGAGGGAUUGUGAGAGAGCUGUCUCACUUUUGACAUACGUAGAACAGUCUUUCUUCGGCACAGAAGCGCUAGCCAUAACGUAUAGCUUACCAUAUGGACUGUUAAUGUGGGCCUUACUAUAUUUUGCUGCCGGCUUUGGCAAUUUGGUCUUUAAAACUGAAAGUCAAUGGACGCGUGGUGCCGCAGGUUUUGCUGGAUCACUUGUCGUGUGUUUAGUGGCGUUAGUAUUGCAGAUAGGGAGGCAUCAGAUCAAUCCAAAAGAUGAGGAAUCCAUGGUAUAGCUUGUAUAUUCUCAUUUUCGAAACGAGUGUCAGGAAUAUCGCCAACGUGGCUGUUGAAAAAGCUCGAGAAAUUCAGGUAAUGGAUCGUGGCAAUAUAUUUAACAAGCUAAUCACAUACUAACCACAUUCAAGAUGAAGUCAAAUGCUGCGGACAUGUAACACAGAUUUGGGUAGUAGAAUCAGUAGGAGUGACAUUGAAAUUAGAAGCACGUUCACGGCAAUGCCAGAAAGACCCUCACAUGGCCAAGGUCUACAUUCAG